AUGGAGUACUCAAAGCUACAAAAGUCUCUAGACUCUGAAAAGAAGAAAAAAGAGAAGGUUUGGUUGAAUGCUAAUGUCUUGGAAUUGGGUCUAGUUGAGCUGCAAGAGCUCCAAAAGUGGCUGGAAGCAGUGGACGGUGUAGUCAAAGAGAAGAUGAACAAGAUAAUAGUUGAAGCAAGCCAAAUAAGUCAAGGGUCAGUGCCACAACCACUUAUGGAGAUAGCUUUCACUUAA